GGUCACCGGGCCGGCUGCCCGCGGCGCUUGGUGCCGGCUGGGCGUGCAGGGGGCGGGGGCCGCGGCUCGCCCCCCGCGGAUGAGCUGCCGCGGAGCGCGGGCGGACGAUGGAACUCCACAUACUGGAGCACCGGCUGCAAGUUGCCAGCGUCGCCAAGGAGAGUAUCCCGCUCUUCACCUACGGCCUGAUCAAACUUGCCUUCUUGUCCUCCAAGACCAGGUGCAAGUUCUUCAGUCUGACCGAGACCCCGGAGGAUUACACCAUCAUUGUCGAUGAGGAGGGCUUCCUGGAGCUGCCCUCCUCGGAACACCUGAGUGUGGCCGACGCCACCUGGCUGGCCCUCAACGUGGUGUCGGGUGGUGGCAGCUUCUCCAGCUCCCAGCCCAUCGGUGUGACCAAGAUCGCCAAGUCGGUCAUCGCCCCACUGGCCGACCAGAACAUCUCUGUGUUCAUGCUGUCCACCUACCAGACGGACUUCAUCCUGGUGCGUGAGCGGGACCUGCCCUUCGUUACCCACACCUUGUCAUCAGAGUUCACCAUCCUGCGGGUCGUCAAUGGCGAGACGGUGGCAGCCGAGAACCUCGGCAUCACCAACGGCUUCGUGAAGCCCAAGAUGGUCCAGAGGCCCGUCAUCCACCCACUGUCCAGCCCGAGCAACAGGUUCUGUGUCACCAGCCUGGACCCGGACACGCUGCCCGCUGUUGCCACACUCCUCAUGGAUGUCAUGUUCUACUCCAACGGAGUGAAGGACCCCAUGGCGGCCGGCGAUGACUGUGGCCACAUCCGCUUCUUCUCCUUCUCCCUCAUCGAGGGCUACAUCUCCCUGGUGAUGGACGUGCAGACCCAGCAGAGGUUUCCUAGUAAUUUGUUGUUCACGAGCGCAUCUGGAGAGCUCUGGAAGAUGGUGCGGAUUGGAGGACAGCCCCUAGGAUUCGAUGAGUGCGGCAUCGUGGCCCAGAUCUCCGAGCCCUUAGCUGCUGCUGACAUCCCCGCUUACUACAUCAGUACCUUCAAGUUCGACCACGCACUGGUACCAGAAGAAAACAUCAAUGGCGUCAUCAGCGCCCUGAAAGUCAGCCAAGCAGAGAAGCAUUAGGAGGGCCUCUUCCGCUCCUCCCCGUCUGCCCCCCAGGCCUGGGCCCAGCCCCACUCUGAAGAUUCUUCUCGCAGUAUUUCUCAACAGACUGGAAAAUCGGCCCCGGGGCCCCCAAGGAAGGGAUCCCUAGGACACGCCCCUGAUGGCUGACCCCGCCAGGCCUGUGGCCCAAGCCAAGCCCUCCCCGUGCCCUCCUGCCUUCCUGGAGCCCCCAGACCCUCCAGAGAACCUCCCCCCCCGCCUCCUUCCCCCACCCGCGCCCCAGAAAAUGAUGUCUGAGGCCCAGGGAGCUCGUGAGCUGACCCACCUUCUCCUCCUGCCUCGCCCACGGCCGGGGGCAGACGCCAAAGGAAGCUGGCACCUUCUACAGGACACUGGGAGGACCAGUUCUCGGGUCAUCUUGGGGGGCUGGCUGAGCAGGGCUGAGUUCAUGGGGCCCUGGAAGGCCCUUGUGAGGGUAGGGGUUCUGGCCCCUGUGGUCACUGGUCUCUGGUUCCAUUGGCUCUGGGCUGGUUCCUGCAGAGUAGAGGCCAGUGGGCAGCCCUCUGGUCGUGUGCUGGUGAGGCUCCAAGGGAGCUCGGGUGGGGCCCUGAGCUGGAGGGGGACCCCAGUCCCCCAGAACCUGGCCUGCCAGCCACAGGGCGUGUGCCCCAACUCCCAGCAAGACUGCCAAAGGGGCCUUUCCAGACCCUCCCCACCACGAGCGCUCAGUCCCGGGGGGAGGGGGUUCCCAGGAGACCCACCAGCCUGGGGCACGAGCUCCUGUCCCCUCUGCUUUCCCUGGACCCUCCUGGGGCUGGCAGAGCCUCGGGUUCCCCUAAAUGGGGGCAGCCCCAGCGUUCUGGGCCUGGGGUGUCUUAGGUCACCCCCACCUCCCCAGCAGUUAACUAGACCAGCACAGGGCUCCCCCGUUUUCCUGCCCCGCCCCCUCGGCCCACUUUUGGGGGAAAGUGGAAGGCCUCUGCCCCCAACUCACCUGCCCACCCACCCCUCGGUCCAGGGGCCGUGGUGUUCAUGAGUACUUGACCUGGGAGGCAGCUUAUCUGAGCCUUAAUAGAGAAAACCGUACCUUGUUCUAGUUUCUUAUUUAAUGUAUUUGCACCCAGGCUGCAGCUGGCAGUAGUUUCAGGGGAUGGCCCGCUGAGUCUGCCGGGGCUCAGAGUGUGACGUCGCUUGGUUGGCGCCCUGUGGCUCCAGGGACGAGCUUGAGAAUCGGGAGCUGCUUCCAGGGGUCUCGGCCCUCCCUUUGGAGCAGAAAGCUGGGAGCAGAGGUCUGUUACGAUACAGGGGUCCCCGGGGCAUCCCCCCACGGAGCUGCCAAGGCAGAGUGGCUCUGAGCAUCAGAGGGGACUCGAGGGCCGCAGGGUGGUGGACAGCCAGGUGGCAAGCCAGCCCCCUCGGAGAAUGGGGUGACCCCCGUGCCUCCUCUCCAGCUGGGAGUGUUUUCCAAGCAAGCAGGACCUGCAGGGUCCUCCUCGGUGCCCGGGCAGCAGCUGACACGUGCUGUCCCUGAGAAGCUCGGAGGAGAAGGGACGUUCUCUUGGGCUGGUGAAGCCCCACCCACCCCCAUUCUCUGUGCCGCGUGGGACCCUCUGAGCCAUGGAAACCCACCAGGUGGGGAAGCUGUCUGUCUGGAUCCUUGCAGAUGUUCGGGGCCCAAGUACUGAUUCGGAACCCACGUGUUUUUUUUUUUUAAGUUAAUUCAUUUUGCACAAAACACCAAAACGUCAAUUGUUUGCUGGUUCCAAAAUGGGGGUGUCCACGUGGGCAGGGCAGCACUUCACGCCCCGAGAGUCCCCUUACUGUCCCUGGAAGGCCUUGAUUUUUCCGUGGCACGCCCUCCAGACCCCUUCCUGUCUGUCCCCCCCUCACCGUGUCACUCCCCCGCCUCUCCUCCCUGCCGAGCAAGUGUGUCGGCCCCUUGACCCCCAGAAACGUGUGCUCCCUAGACCCCCUAGGACGUAUAUUGUACACACAUAUAAAUACCUGUGUUUUAUGUUGAUAUAGAUAUAUACUGUAAAUAGCAUAUAUACUUGAGCAAUAUAUAUGUUAAUAUAUACUGUGUGAGCGUGCACACGCGUGUGUGCGUGUGUGUGUGUGGGGGCGUGAGGGCUUCCGCCCCGCGGUGUCUGCCGUGCACACAGGCACGUUUUGAGCCACCAUAUAUUUUUAAUUCAAGUAUAUAGGCAAUACGAUUAUUAGAGAAGCCGGCUGGCUGCCUCGGCCCUGACUUGAGAGAAAAACUAAACCAACGGCCCAGGAACUGAGCUCCGGGGCGGGUGUUGAGGGUCCCUAACCCCUCCUGCCCAGUCUCCCUUGAAAGCUGGAUUCGGCCCCUUCCUGUAAUCCCGUUGGCACGACCAAGGCCCCUGGACACCCUUAUUUUAUUUGGGGGACAGUGGCACAGAGGGAGGAACAGCUGGAACAGAAGAGCCCCCUUGCCGGUGCUCUCAGCCCGAAGACCUGGCCCAGCGGGACGGGCGCCCUCCGGCUUUCCGCCCAGGUCUGCUCCCACAGCCCCAUCACCUGAUUUCUUUCGCUGUAGAAGCCUCAGGUUCUUUCCCCAGGUCGCCUCCUGGGGACUGGCCCCAUCCGACUGAGAAAGGGACGGAUGGACUCCGCUCUCUGGGCUACCCAGGUGUGUAUCCAGCUGACAGGGCGGGAGCCGACACCCUGAAAACCUGCCCCCUCUAUUUCGCACACCCCCAUCCUCCCACUGUGUGCAGAGACCGGCACAUCCUCGGUGCCUCUGUGUGCCCGUGAGUCAGCGGCUGGGUCUCCAGCAAUCUGGGGGAAGAAUGAGUGGUCUCCCCGGUGGCUGGCUGCCCCCAGCCAUCUCUGGCUUUGCUGUGUGCAGGGGUCCCCAGACCCCCAGAGAGGUGGCCUGAAGAGGGUGCCCUGUCAGGCUGAGGCACUCUAGGCUCUGGCUUGGGGGUGAGCGGGUGGCCCAGGAGCUGCCACCUGGGCUCCAGGUGUGUCUUUUGAGUCUGUGCUGUUCGCUGGUCAGAAAAGCUCAAACCAUCUAAGUGCUGCGCUCUCUCUUCACCCGCCCGGUCCCUGCGCACUGCAGAGCGGCGCGAGGUUAAGGGAGACCAGGGGCCGCGAUCACCCACUUCACCCCUGCCCCCAAUUAUCAAAAUCUGCCUCUUGGGCUCAGCUCUCAACAUGGGCGCCCCUGGUUCCUAAGAAACCCCAUUCUCCCUCGGCCCUAGUCCUGACCCAGCAAAGAGUUGGGCAGUGCCCGCUCUGCACCUCUUUCCUCCACAGGGGUUUCCAGAGCCCCCCAGGAGGCGGUGCCUAUACCACUGACCUCAGCCCAGGGCACCCAUCCAAGCAGGAGAGGCACAUAAGACCUCCCUUCCCCAGGAUUCCGGGGGUCCAGAACCCCCCAAGCACCAGCAUUCUCCCCCUCCCAUCAACUCCGGGCCACAGGCCCCUGGUGGGAAGGGAGGGACCGGGUGACCCGGAGCUGGCCGCUGUGGCCUCCCCAUGCGGGCAGCAUGGCCUCGGUGGCCAGUGUGGUGUCCAGAAGAUGCAUGGUCGGUUGGGGCUUGUCCCCUCUGUGGUGACAGAGGACGCCACGGAGCUCAGGAGAGGAGGCUGUGGGGGGGAUAGGAAGGGCCAGGCCCCUACCCCAAGCCAGCGGUACCAUUUUCCUGAUAAUCAAAGAUGAACCUGCCCACCCACCUCCUGCCCCUUCUGGCCACACUUCCCAGCCACCCUGGGCCACCUUUCUGGGCCUCUGGAUCUGGAUGUGGGCACAAGCAGGGCCCUUCCCAGCCCCAGCUAAGAGAGGGGACCUUGGGGACCUUCCAGGUGGUAGCGCUACGGCUCUGGGCCAGGAAUUUUUGACGCUCCUUCCUGAGGGAAAAUUGUGGCAGGGCGGCGGGUAGGAAGGAAGCACCCCCAGUGUAUGUGUCUGUGGCCAGUGCAGGCCAUGGCUGGGGAGCAGCCCCCCGGGCACUGCCGUCACGGCCGCCGAGAAGCAGAGUCAGUGGUUGGCUUGGCAGACAGAGCUUGGGGGAGGACGACGGGGUCUCCCAGCGGUGGAAAGACAGGGGCUUGGGCUCUUCAGGUUUCCUGGGUACUGUGCUGAGGCAGGGGCUAGGCCUGGAGGGGGCAGUGGCCCUCUAUUCAAGGAGGCCGCCUGGGAAGGGAGCCACCAAGAUGGCGCAUGUUGGUCAACCAAGAUGGCAGACGGUGGUCAGCCCAGCAGAGGGUGGGCUUGGGAAGAGUGGACGGGACUUGUGAGGGGAGAUGAGCCCUGGUAUAGCUAGAUACCUUUUCUCACACGCCAGCUCUUUUCCAUUCUUUCAUUUUCAAAUUAGAGGCAGCAAAAGGACCCUUUUCCAUUGACCGAGGGAGAGAGAAAGCUGCGGGGUGGGCUAUGGCCUUCAGCUUUGAAACCCACGCCCUCCCGGGACGCCUACUUUCUUGGGACGGAAGGCUGGGAGCUGUUGGCCGAGGCAGCCUGCUGUCCUUGGGGCUGAGGGCACCAGGAGUGGCCUGGAGUACAGGUAGAAGCCUGCGGGCGGCCUGGCCCCUGCUUUCGUGGGCAGCCUGGUGGGGAGGGAGCUCGUGGCUCUCGGUUCUCGGUGCGGGAGGCUGUGAACGCGGCAAGUGCUGGGCGUCAGAGCAGUGUUCUGAGCAGGACCACACGUGUGUGUAUACGCACACGUGAGUGUGCGCUGUGACACGCACUGUAGUGUGGACUCGAGCACACACGUGCAGAGCCCAGAUCCGAGUGGAGGGACUGGCUCGUCCAGUAUUUCGAGGCCUGGGUACGUUCUUACCCCAGGGCCACAUGUAGAGUUGAAGGGGUGCGGGCAGCAGACCUCGAACGCAAGGCAGCCCCACCCCCCUUGACUUUGCUAAAACUGCUCUGCGGACAGACGGGGCAGAGGUGUCCCUGCAGGGGCUGUGCUCUGCCCUGCAGAGGCCCGGAGGUCCUUGCAGCCAAGGGCUAGACCUGCUGGGCGGACUCCUCAGAAGCAGCCAAUCCUGAAGACAGUAUUUACAGGGAGGGGUUCUGGGGGCUGGUGCCCCUUUGCCUACUGGGGCUCGUCCAUGCAGAGCAUCCAACAAAGUUGGAAACCGGAGUGGAGGGCCGGUGGGGUGGGUGAAAAACAGGCCAAAUUCAGGUCCCAAGGCAGAGGCCAAGCCCAGUGCAUUUUCCUGUCCACUGCUUCAGUUUACCUGUUCAGAAAAUGGUCCAGGAAGAGCUGGGCAGGGUUGGCUCCAAAACUGGGGGUGGGGAGGUGUAACAGCAAACAAAACCCCGAGCCCUCCACUUGCUCUUUGCCAAAAUCAUUUCCGUUAUCCUGAGAUGGGGGUGAGUGGAUGCUGGCUGCACAGCAGGGCUCAGAGGGGCCUCUGCCCUGCCCAGGGUUUCGCCUUGGGGGUCUGGCCCUCCCCUGGCAUACGCCCCGGGUCACCAGCAGUAGCAGCGGCACAUGCAUCUGUCCCAAGGUCUGGGCGAGGGGAGAACAGGGCAGCCCCGUACCCCAGGCCCUCACACUUUCUUUCUUUCUUGAAAAAACACAAAACCCUUGAGAUUCAUGUACUGUAUGACAGAGAGAAAAAAAGUACCUAAUGUUCCCCCCAAAAAAGACAGUAUAUUUUGUACUUUGUAAAGUGUUCAUUAAAAUGGAAGAAAAAAAUGAUGUUGGCUGACGGCUGUCUGAUUUUGUGCUGAUCCAGGGCUAUGUCUCAUCUCUCUCCCUUCUCAUACCGUGGGUGGGGGAACAUUAGGCCAGGAGCUGGGAGGAGCCAAAGCAAGAAUCCGAGAGAGGAAAUAAAUAGCCCUGAGAACGCGAGGGGCUGUAUUAGUUACCCAGUGCUGCAGAACAAGUGGCCCCAAAAUGUAAGGCUUAAAAUGAUUAUUUGUGUGUCCUGGUUUUGGUGGGUUAGGAAUUUGGGAGCCGUGUGAGCAGCUUGGGCUCAGAGUCUCUCAAGAGGCUGCAGGCAUCUGAAGCUCGGCUGGGGCUAGAGGGUCUAUUUCCAAGGUGCUUAAUCCACAUGACUGGCGAGGUGGGCCUGGCUGUCGGCAGGAAGCCUGUUCCUCUCCACGUGGGUCUCUGCUGCUUGAGUGUCCUCGUCAUAUGGCGCCUGGCUUCCCCUAGAGCAAGGGAUUCAAGGACCGAGGUAGGACCUAAAAAAAAAAAAAAAGUUUUUCUUCUAGCUUCAGAAUUCACGUUCCGUCAUCUCCAUCAUGUUCUAUCGUCAUGCAGCCCAGCUCUGAUUUGACCGUGGAGGAGACCACACAGGGGUGUGAAAACCAAGAGGUCAAGGUAACCUUGGGGGCCACUUUGGAAACUGGCUUCUACACUCACCAUUCCUCCCCAAAUCUGUGGCAGAGGUGGGCCUGGGGGACCGGGGUCCCCUGGAGCAGGAUAGGACCUUGGUGGUGGCAGGGGAAGGAUCAGGGGCUGGAACCCUGCUGUGAAUGUCACACCCCCAGGAAAGGUUUCUUGGUGCUGGAAGCCCAGGAGCUGAUGCCUCCAGAUAAGACACCUGGGGGGCAGGAGGGGAGGGCACGGUGCUUGGCGUCCCUCCCACAGGCGCUCUGGGGUUGAGCUCCUGCCCCCUUGGCAGGUGGAUGCUGGGACUGACCAGGCAAGAAAGAGGCCUGAGACCAGCAGGUCCUGGACCUUGGACGCCCUUCACCCUGCUCCUCUUUGAUGUUUUCCAUGGAGGGCAGGUGUGAGCAGGGCAGGGUUCUGCCUACAUUGGGCCCCACCAUCCCCUCACCCCUGCCUCACAGGAGAAGCAGCCCUGGAGAUGGAAGGGAGGGAAGAUGGGAGCUAAAGCACUCACCACCCCGAGUCCAAGAAAUUCUGGCUGCUGUGAAGGCUUGCCGUUCUGGGGUUUGCAACCCUUCACAUAUCGCACUGGAGCCACAACAUGGGUGGGCACUCUUGAUUGCCCAAAACAGUAGCAAAGCCCUCCUUUCCCACCACUCACUCAUGUUCACUGUCUCUAGGAUGGUGCCAGACCUUGUGCCCGGGGCUGGAGACCCAGAUGACGCUGCUGUGGCCCCUGCGCCUGAGUUGCUCCAGGAGGUGUAAAGAUGUGAAAACAGGCUCUCCCAGGGAUUGCAGUGCCAGGCUCCACCACAAGGGGAUGCUGUGCCCUGGGGCCAUGACCACUGUCCGGCAGUAGGAGGAACAAGAAGCCAGGACGUUAGGGUUGAGCUUGGUCCUGGCAUAUGGAGGGUGCUCCGGAGAAUGUACCCAAUCAGCCUCUGCUUCUUCAACGUUCCCCCGCUGGAAUGAAGGUCAACUGCAGCUAUGGGACAGCUUACGGAGUGGAGUGGAAUUGCUGGAUCAUGUGGGCAUUUUCUGAUGGGCAUGGCUUCAUGUCCUCUACUCUCUGGUCUCAGGGCACUUGUGCUGCCACCAGGCUACCAGAGCGAUGGCAAGACUAAGCUACUCUACCCUCCAGCCCCGUGGGCCAUCCCCGCCCCCACCAGCUACAUCUCACCUGUUUGCCUCCUUGGCAAGACAGUGGACUCCUGGUUUGAGGAGGCUAGUACUCCAGCCAAGCUUUCGCAGGAUGUGUUCAGAGCCCUUGGCCCACAAGAAUUUGGCCUCGCUCUUCCUCCCGUGGGGGCUUCUCAAGUCUUCUAAGCCAGGCAGUAAGGAUGGUUACAAGGCUGCUGAGAGCCAUGGGCCCACAGGGUCCUGGGCUGGCGCCCACUGGCAUUUCCAGGGAGACCUCCAGUGCAAGGGGUUUCGGCUGGUGUCCCAGCAGCAAGCAGAGACGGCUGAGCGGGCUAAGCUUUCCAAAGACCAGACGUGACACCAGAAGCCGUCGUGUGUUCCCCAGAAGGAGCCAAGAUGAGCAGAUCAUCCUCGCCCUGCCGGGGCCACGCACCCCUGGGGCUCGGCCGAUAACGGCGGCAUCUGUGCUGCGUGCAGCACGUCUCACCCUCGGCAGGAGGGGGGACCCCGUCCCGGAACCUCCGGUCACACCGCUCCGGGCUGCCGGGGAGCGUGGCACACCACACGGAGGGCCCCGACCCUCUCGGGCCCCAACCAGAGCCCCAGCGGCUGCCUCUGCAGUGCAGUCCAAGCGGUCCUGAGGCCGAGGCCUGGCUCGAGCGGGCCGGGGAGGACGUUCAGAUGAAGGACCUGGCCAGGGUCACCAUGUGGUCCACACCGCACGCCACAUCCACAGGCUCCCCAGGCAUCGUCACCUGAACAAUCAAGAACCAGCACACCGUGAGGAGAGAUGGCCUGGCGGUGGCCGAUCAAGGGCCUGACCCUGGCUCUGCUCUGGAGCUUCUAGACGCAGAAAGCCAGUGCAAGUGUAGUGUCUUCUUCGGGGGCAAUUUCUAAGACAGAGCACCUGCACCACCUCCCCCUCAGCCCUGCCAGGACGCCGAUGCUGAUGCUGCUCUUCUGACCGGAUCCGAAUCCUGCCGUCCCUCCCCCGGGGCAGCGCUCAGCGGGGCAGCGUGACAGCUGCAGAGGGAUCUGUAACAGCCUGCGGAGUUUACUGAGCUUCAGAGAGAAAGGCCUCGUCCAGAUGGCCUGCCCUAAAAGCCCAGAGGCAGCAACAUCAACCGUUCAGAGACAAGUCCAUUAGGGUCUCCCGGCCACAAGGCAAACGGAUGCUAGCAACCAAGUCGUGCUACUCACCCGUCCCUAAACAAACGCCUUCAGCAAAACCUGUUACAGAAAUCACUGAACAAACAUGCGGCGGUGCCCUCAGCUCAUCGCAAAGGCCCAGAGCUGCAGAAAGCGUUCCAGGCUGGCCACAGAAGCAGAAGAAAACAUGCUGCCUGGGGUGACCAGGCCAGGUGAGCUCCUAGCAACCUCCCCGGGCCACGAGAGCACCUUUAUUGACCUUCCCCAGGAAAGGGCCGCUCUCCGCGCUGACCUGCGGCCGAGCUGUCACACUGGGGCACCUCUGUCCUUGUUCCCCAAGGGCUGUGACCGUCAGAACCCAAAGCAGAGGGAGCCACCUCACCUUGGCUGACUCGCCGGGACGAUGGUCACGGCUGCCGCUGGCCCCAGGAGCCUCUCUGGGGAGCAGCAGGUGGCUCCCGGGGCCCCAGCUCCCCCCGGCCAACUGCCUCUCACUGUCAGCCUCUGAACUGAGUCCAAGAGAAGGCUGCCCUCAGCCACGUUUUAUUUGUGGCCUCAUCAGGGUUAAAAGGAGUUUCUAUUCUAAACCAAUUUAUACUCAAAUUGUUGCAAAGGCAAACAGUUCCAGAAAACGAACCAUAUUUGGCCUGAGUGACUCUGAAAAGUUUGAGCAGAAUCAGUGUAGGAACAGCUCUCUGCACGAGGACAAGUUCCCAAGACACACACCCACCAGGUGAAGGGCAGAGGAAGGCAGAGAGGAGCGCUGGACCAGCUGUGAUCCGGCCACCAGACUUGCCGUGUCCCCACUCGGCUGUACCCGGGAUGCCCUGACCCGCGCCCAGAAGCCAGGCCACACCCGGGAGGGGAGCCGGCUCAGCCUGCGAGGAGGCCCAGCCCCUGCGGCGUGCCCUCCCCUGGGGCGUCAGAACUGCCGGGGCCUGUGGCUCCUGAAGCAGCCAGGUAAGAAAGAGGCCCAGGAAGCAGAGGGUUCCCAGCUUGUGCUCCAACCCAAGCCCCACCAGAGAGGCGCACGGCGAGGGGGAAGCGUAGUCUGCGCUCAGAGCACCGAGGUCACAGUCGCAGCCCACCCACUGCGCGGCUGAGAGACUGGGCCAGCGGCUUCGAUCCUGAGGUCAGUGUGCACGGGGGCAGGCUGGGGGGCAGCCCAACCUUCACAGGCUGUUCUGAGGAUUAGAGAGAUGGUGCAAAGCACCGGCCCCCGGGACAGCUCCGGGCCCUGAGAAUGGCGGUCAUGUGCGAUGGAAAGUUAGGGCCUGGGUGGGGGUGGGGGUGGCACCGCUCGAAAGCUCUCCCCAGUGUCCUGUUCCCAGGCCCGCAGGGCUGCCAUCGGGCAGAGGGUCCCCACCUCCACCUCGCCCUCCCUCCACCGCGGGGACUCCAGGGGAACCCAGCUCCGGCCCUCAAAGAGGAGGGGGACCAUGGUGACGUCUUAAAGUCAGAAAUUCUCAGUCUGAUUCUUGGCUCCACUUUUUUUAAAAUAUAUAUCUUUAUUUAUUUAUUUUUGGCUGUGUUGGGUCUUUGUUGCUGCACACGGGCUUUCUCUAGUCGUGGCGAGCGGGGCCUACUCUUCCUUGCAGUGCGCAGGCUUCUCAUUGUGGUGGCUUCUCUUGUUGUGGAGCACGGGCUCUAGGCGCACGGGUUUCAGUAGUUGUGGCACAUGAGCUCAGUAGUUGUGGCUCGUGGGCUCUAGAGCACAGGCUCAGUAGUUGUGGCCCACGGGCUUAGUUGCUCCGCAGCAUGUGGGAUCUUCCUGAACCAGGGCUCGAACCCAUGUCCCCUGCAUGGGCAGGCAGAUUCUUAACCACUGAGCCACCAGGGAAGUCCUCCGCUUCUUACUAGGUGUGUGACCUUAGAGAAAUCACUGAACCUCUCUGAGCUCUGAGCAUCAAUGUGGAGGAGGAAAACCUCCUGGACAGCUUCCGGAAGGAGAGGUUUCAAUCAGGUGACUCAGAUGUCACUUCCUAGGCCUACGAAUCAUCAGAAAAGCCCAGGCUCUGUAAGGAAGUCUAAGAAUAACUAGUUAAUAGCACUGUAGGACCUACAAAUAUGGCUUUACUCUUUUUUUUUUUCUUUCUUGGAAUACUUUUUAAAUGAUGUAACAUAUCCCCUACUUAAGAUUAAUAAGAAAAUAGUGUUUAAAGAAUAAAAAUCACCUGCAAUUUUUUUUUUAAGCAACAACAGAACAGACUGGAGAAAGGUCCAACUACCCAACAAUAGACUAACCUUUAAGGAAUCCAACCUAGUUGAUUGAAAACCUGGUUCCUGUCACCACCACCCUCCCAGAGCCCCAGCCUCGCAUCUUGGAGCCGGCAUGGACCUCAGCACCACGCUCCCAACCCCGACCAAAAGGUGACACGGGGGGCGAAGGAGCUCUACAGACACACAAGGGGAGACAAUGGUGUGGGGCAUGAAAGCAGCCGUCACAGGAACAGACCUGAGUGACCUUUCCCUGAUGGCAUGGAGGCCGGGAACAACACUUCAGAGGGACGUUCGGCGCAGGGGUCCGGCUUGAACAACGGGGCAUCCACCCCCAGGCCUGGCACUCCACCACAGAGGCCAAGCCUGGCCCGGCCACUGGGACAACGAAAACGCUCUCAAACCUGAUUUCACAGCUGAUCUUCGCUCUAAUUGGGAGGACACGAGGCAGGUGGGGAGCCCCUAGUCACAACGGUCAUUCAUUCAAAACCCACUUGCUUGGCCAUUUCCCCAGCUGCCCCUCAGAAGGAAGUCCCUUGCGGGGGGAGGGGGGCUGUUAAGAGAGGGCUGCGAGUGGCUCCCAAGAGAAGCAGCAGGAUUCUAACUGCUCCGUAUCCCUGAGCUGCCGGCCACGGUCCAGCCGCCGCCAUGCCCUUCCUCACCCGGGGUGGGGCCCCGGGAACAAGCGGGUCAGCACCGGCCAGGCUGGGGACAGCUCUGGGCCACAGCCAUUUCUUUCUAACAAGUUUAAAGUCUCCCUUUUGACCUGUUCUCUUAGAGAAAGCACCGGAGUCAGGGCCUGCCGAGCUCAGGGGAGCCAGCAGCCAGGGGGAGCUGAGAGAAAGAGCCCCUAAAACACCACACGGCCCACGCUGCAGCUGCUGCCGCUCAAGCCCCAAACCCUGAGACGCAGACACUGACUGAACGGCAGCGAGGACUCUGCAACAGCGUGCUCGCCUGCAGCAGUCCUCACAGCAGCGCGAGGCCGGGGAACACAGACGAGGACCACCCAAACUGCCUGUCCCGGCCCAGAUGUUUCCAAAGGAAACAACAGCUUGCCGCGAGAUAAAACGGUCUUUAAAUUGCAAGGAAAAAGUGAAUUUACUUGAGAAUCACAAAAUGAAAUUUAGUUCCGUCUUACUAUUCAAGUCAACUAACGAGGAGCAAAUUGAGCCGACAGCCGCGGCGGGGGGAUGAGAGCUGUAAUCAAGAAGCGCAGACACGCGGGAGGGCUGCAGAGUAACUUUGUGUGUCGUGGCUUUGUAACUGGGCAACCCUCUGAGAAAACCUCCAUUUCAGCCCCCCUUCGAUCACUCCCCCCAGCACUUUGGAGAAACCGGGCACAUCUACCCUGUCAAAACCACAGGACGGUCUUAUAAAUACGCCUCUUGCCACCCCACGCUCCUGGCUCGGAUGAGGGUCGGGCUUGGCCAGGGACCGGGAUGAAGCCCCCCACGCUCAUUUCCUCCUCACCCACCGCAAUGUACCAAACCUCCGCGGGUCUCCCCCAGCAGCCCGGCCCACUCGAGGGUCCCCUCUCCCACCACCGACUGCGUCCACUUGAGAAAAGUCACUGCAACGCCAGCCUAACCACAAACCAAAUGAACUGAAAACACACCUCCCGGGUGAAAAGGAGACACACAUUAGACCACCUCAAGCCAGACAACUUCUGGAUUAGCUGCUCUCUAAUUAUCCACACAAGGGUGCCACUCCACUGGAUGGAUGGAAACUGAGAGCAGCCCAGGGUUUGGGGCUGAACCUGAGAGGGUGAAGCUCGGUACGGCCUUGGGGCCACACGGGCUUGGUCACUUACUGGUGAGGGCGGCGAAGUGGCUGAGUCCACAGCAAAUGCGGGAAACCUGGACUCCUGGAUUGAACUCCGUCAAGCCAAAGAGAGUGGGUGGAAUCAUUUCUGGAAGGGCAGUUUCCAUGAGGUUUGGUCCUUUCCCAAGAAUUCCAUAGCCCCAGACGAAAACAUGUCCUUCUCCUGGAUUACAGGAAAAACAACGGUCAGGAAGUCAAACCAAGUGCAGCCCUCCCUCGCUAGAAAUUCAAACCGCACCACCAAGAUGCAUUAUAUCCACAUGAACUUUUUUUUCCCCUCUUCUUGCUUGGCAAGAACAUGUUGAUAUUUAAAAUAAUGUUUCUUUUCUCCUCUUUCAAAUUCUUGCUUGUGGAGUGUGUCUAGCCAGCUAACCAAUCUCACAAUACAAAUGUCCUACAUCUUGAGUGUGCUGGACGGGGCCACUCCAUAAAUCAGCCACAACCCCCACGUGAACACAGGAGAGCCUUAGAAUGGCAGCUUUUCCUAACAGCGCUAUGUCUCACAUGGAUCAGAGACCAAGCCAAGUACACACACAACUUCUGGCUAGAUUCUAAAAUUCGUAAUGAUUUUCAGGUCAUAAAAAGUUUACUACUCAUCAGUGGUGCCAGACGUUUAAUCCCAGGGGCUUGGCUCCCAGUACCUGAACCCUAAGGCUCUUCUCCUAUGUGCCCGUGGCUCUUAGCACGGCCUUUCUGGAGAAGGCAGGCCUGGGGGCUUUGGCCCAGGCUUCGGGAGGGAGCAGUACUUCAUCCUCCACUCCAGAGGUUUGUGAUAGUUACUCAGCUCUAUGCUGGCUGUUCGUCAACCUAUAAAUCAUGGCUGUUAUCCUUCUGUCAGGAAUGUCACCCUCACCCUCUAUUAACUGAACUAAACUAACUAGAUCUUCCCACAACCGUGCUCCCCGCACUGAAAACCACAGCCUGAAUCCAGCGGACACCAACCCUUCCUCACCCAAGCCACCCACAGCUUCCCAGCAAACUGCCUGCGAGAGGGUCUCACCGUUUAGUACAGCACAGCCUGUGCCCCCACUCGCAGCCUGCUUCACCCGCCCGACUCCUGAGAAGGGCAGGCACCGGGGGACGUUCACCUGAAUCAAAGGAAGGGACCACACUGCUAGGAAGACAAACCAGCGAGAACUUGGAAAUACUGUUUCACGUACAGAGUAGGUAAGUCCCGGUUCAUUCAUUCCCUCCCCAUAUAUCUCCUGAACAUCGUACACAUGCUAAGCUUCUAACUGCAUGCUGGGAAGAUGACAGGCAGCAGGAGAAGCAGUCCCGCUCUCAGACUGUAGUCCAAUGGGGGAGGCAGAUGUCAGCCAAACCUAACACGGGAUGAAUCUGUGCUGAAUGCAAUGAAGGAGAGUACAGGGGUCCCUGGCGUGAGUGUCAGGGGACCUGAUCUGGUGUGCGGGGAGGGGCAAUCAGGAGUACGCGGGCCAGGGGAGAAGAGAAGGAAAUCCUGAGGCAGCGAGAUGGACGUGCAAAGGGAGCAAGGUGAGUGUGGCCCGUUCAGGAGCUUACACAAGGUCAGAGUGGUUGACGCAGGGGCACAAGGGGGAGUAUCUGUAAGAUGCCGUUGGGCAGAAGGGAAACCAGAUCACGCAGGACGUUGUUGAUCAUGGCAAGGGUUUGGUCUCUAUCCUAAGCACAACAGGGAGGUAGUAAGGGAGAGGGACGUGAUUUCUAGAGGGAAACGUGAGUGGACGUGGGUAACAAGGGAGAAGGGCCAGGAUGCCGGGCUGAGCAUGAACUCACUCCGGGAUGCACUGAACUGCGGUGCCUAGAGACGGCCGUGGCACUUCUGCUCAGAGUGACAGACGGAGGCUCACGGCUUGGGAGAACGAAAUGUGGCCAACUUAGCUGUCCAGCAGGAUUUGGUCUUGGCACCCCUACUGAGAAAUAACUUUGCAAGACAGAUUUUAAGUGCUUCUGUGACAGCCAUGAAUCUUUUCAGUCACUUGCAAAUGGAGACAGCUGGAGGGUAGCAAUCCCUCAGAUGACUCCAAGGGAAUAAAGGGGCUUCACUGAUCCGAGAUGGCCUGGUGUCUGCCGCCCGGCUCUCACAGCUUCUCUACCCAACUGGGCUCUGGCACAGGGCCCUCGGCAAAGGCUGAGAAACCCUCCAGCAAAGAGCCACUGGAAACGCACCACUGUUGUCACUGACAGGAUGAGGCUCGGACCACGUAAAGAAUCAUGGAUGCGGUGGGCUGCUUCCAAAACAAGUGACCCGUCUGUGCUAGUCACACCGUGGAUAAUCUGUGCCCUUGUGUGUGGGAGUUAGGCCUAGCGACUUGCUUCUAAAGAACAGAAUUCCAGCAAACGUGGCGGAAGGCACUGCCAAGAUGAACUUACGAGGCACUGGCUUCCGUCUCACCGACACGCACUCUCGCCCUCUCAUUGGCUCACUCGGCCGAAGCCACGCUGUGAGCCACCACUUGGAGAAGCCUGCAUGGCAAGGAGCCGAGGAAGGCUUGGACAACCACUGUGAGCUGGCCAAGCGCCAGCGAAGACCUAGGGCCCCAGGGCCAACAGUCCACGAGGACCUACACCCUGCUGCCAACAACCAGAACGGGCCCGGAGGCAGGGCCUUCCCAAGGUGAACCCCAAGGUGACACCAGCCUUUGAGAGACUCAGAGCCAGAGACCCAGCUAAGCCACCCCUAGGUUCCUGACCCACAGAAACGGUGAGACAAUAAAUGCGUGCUGUUUUAAGCCGCUACGUGUUGGGGUCCUCUGUCACGCAGCACAGAUAAUGAUGACAUGACCCUAGAUCUGCCCUCACAGGAAGGCCGUGGGAGACACUGAUCUCAGGCCUUGCUAUCCGGAAGGCCAGGCCCUCUUCUAUUUGCUGUUUAUCUUAUGGAAACAAUGAAUCACUUCAAUGACCACGUUUUCGUCUCUGUUUUGGCUACUAGAGAGCUCAGAGCCAAAUCUGCAGCCACUUCAAGCUACUGUGUCAGACCGCAGAGGAUGAACUGUUUCAUCCAGUUAGCUGAUCUUAUCCAUUUGCGCAUAUCUCUUUAUCUAUUAAUAUAUAUUUCAAACCCUUCUGUAUGUUGUCAGAAGCUUGAUGACAUUCAGUCCUUAUCACUUAGAGAUCCAUGCUGACUUAUGGAUAUGAUGUCUAGGAUUUGCUUCAGAAUAACGCAGGACAGAGAAGCAGAUGGAAUUACAGAUGCAGCGAGAUUGGCCAUUAGGUGUAUGGGGCUCUUUGGAGAGCAGGGUGGGGAGGGUGAAUGAAGAUGUUCUAGAAUUAGUGGGGACAGUUGCAUAACCUUGAGAAUAUACUAAAAACCACUAAGUCACACAAUUUAAAACAGUAAAUUACCUAUUUUUUUGAACGGGCCAUUAGUUGGUAAUUGUUGAACACGGAUGAUGGAUACACAGAUUAAUUAUGCAGUGAGGUCUACUUUUGCUUACGUUUGGAAUUUUCCUUAAUAAAACGUUGAAAGCCCUA